ACUGCUAACCAGGAGCAGCUGAGGAUACACCAAACCCAACACGGGACUCCUCUGCAGAGGGGCGCGGAGGUAAGAGCUCUUCUGCUUCCCUUCUGGCUUGUGCUGCUCUGGGAGAGAAGGGGAAGAGAGGUGGGGAAGGGGAAAACUGCCCUUCUCCAGGGGAUGCAGCCAGGAAGGAGAAUGGAAAGGGCUGCUCCUCUGCCUCUUGGUGCUGACAAUGCCUUUGCUCCAGUGGGUUGGUAGACGGAAGAGAUGCACGGUGGUGUUUGUGGGUGGAUGUGUGCAUGGGCAGCAGGGCAGGGGGUCCAUGCGUGCAGGAGGAGCUGAGCUGUGCACAGGGGGUGGGAAGGGGAGUAAACAGCAAGGAGCUUCCUUCCUUCUGUGCUUGUGGCAGAUAGGGUUAAUAGGAUGUGGGGAGUGGCUGAGGGAGAGCCAGGCUUACCCCCUGCUCUGUACUUUGUGGAGAGGGUUGCAGGAGAAGGGAGGAAAUGCAGGAGGAGGAAGCAGCUGCUUUUGAGCAAGGAUUGCUGUUGUCCAAUCUGGCCAGAGCUUCCCUGGGCUGCCUCCAAGGCAGUGUGUGGAGGACAGCUGAGCACACACACAGGGUGCCUGCAGGUUGGGUUUCGCUCAGCAGUGUGGCUGGCACGUGGACCGAGGAGAAUGCUCUCAAAACCCAUACACUGGAGCACUUGUCCACACAGGCCAAAACUUCUUGGAAAAGUGCAUGUGCCAGCAAAACACUGCUGGUGCAGCCCAUUGCUUUCAGAGAGAAGGGCAAUAUUACCUUGACAAAGCUGUCUUUAUUGGCAUUAACUGCUGCCCAGUAGGGUGAUGCUACCAGAGCAAGUCUUAGAAACAUAGAAUUGUUUGAGUUCGAAGGGAUCCUUAAAGGCCAUCCGGUCCAAAUCCCCUGCAAUGAACAGGGACACCUACAGGUAGAUCAGGGUGUUCAGAGCCCCUCCAGCCUGACCUUGGGUUUCUCCAGGGAUGGGACAUCCAUCACCUCUCUGGGCAACCUGUGCCAGUGCUUCACUACCCCUUACCGUAAACUUCUUCCUUACACGCAAUCUAAAUCUUCCCUCUUCUAGAAUGAAACCAUUUCCCCUUGUCUUUGUUUGCUAGCUCCUUGAGUGUCUCAGUUCAGUUUGGGAAAGACAUUAGGCACAAAGUCCUGCUCACAGACAAGAAUAUGGCAGGGCCCUUUCUAGCAGGGUGCUCAGGUUCGAAUCGGAUGAUCUUUGAGGUCCCUUCCAACCUAAGCCAUUCUAUAAUUCCACGAUUCUCCACAAAGAACACUUGCUAGUUUGAGAGCAAAUCCAGUGUGCAGUUGGAGAGGUGGGAGGGAAAUGAGGGCAAGCAGCUUCCUUCUGCCUGCUCUGUUGGAAAGGAAGAGAUAAGGCAGAGGUGAGGCAGGGAGCUGCAGAAAGGGGGAGUGUCAUGCUUGGAAAUGAGACAGGCGGGGAAAUCUGAGAGAGAGGGGAGUGACUGCGUGCUGGGAGCUCAUGAACAUGGCAGUGAGUUUCCUCGGGCUCCUCCGGCCACGGAUGGACGUUUGUUUGCUCUGUGCUCAUGAAGCUACGGGCUGACAGACAGCCCGAGAGUAUCUCCAGCCCUCCCAGCCCCCUCCUUCCCAUCCCCCCAGUUCACAGCACAUAUUUUCCCAGACUUUUCCGCUUGCUCCUCCAGUGGUGCUGGGGUCCUGCCAAGCGCCAGCCACUCUCUGGGAAGCGAGGGCCUCCCAUUCCCAAACCGCAUAACUGGGAGAAGGAAAACAAAACCAAAAACAAAUAUCCAAGGACACGUAGACACGCACAAAACCCUUUUCCCUGCAGAAAUGUGGGAGUUUUCUCCAGAUUCCCUUGGCAACUGUGCAGCGCUGACUUGGCACCUUGGGCCCCUGCAGAAAGAAUUAUUGCCUACCCUCCCUCCUGCCACAUAUACACGCUCCUAUAGGCUAUAAAAUCUUAAAUCCAGCUUUGCCACAGCAUAGGAACCCUAAAGCUUGCCUCCUUCCAAACUCGCAGUGCAGCCACAUAGCUCUCACCCAAAGGGCACAAGGGGACCACUUGGCACCAGGCUGGGGCAGAGACCACUGCCGUGGUUUGCUGCAGAGCCUCAGCUCUGGCGAGCAGCAGCAGCAGGGCUGAGCUUGAGGCCGGCACACCCCUCCUGUGCAAACCACUCUGCCCGGGAUGUGACCUUGCUGUGCCACGUGCCCAAGUGUGAGGCUUGGGGCUCUGCCUGGGGAAGGAUGACCAGAGAGGAAAAAAAGACAGUACCUCUCCCAGUUGGCAAAUGAGCCUGCUGGAAAUAGCAUGACCGGGGCGAGAAACUGCGGUGAUGCUCUAAGAGGAACUAUGCAGGAGAGAAUGAAAGAUGAAGUUUGGGAGAGAGCAUGGGCUGCCAGGUGGAGGGCUGAUGAAGGCUAGCACAGGGGAUCAGCAGACAGGGAAGAAUCCUGCACCAUCGCACCCCAAAAUUCCUGGGGUGGGAUGCUUCCCUUCUGCCUUACCCACCCUUUGCAAGGAGUGCAGUCUGCUCUGGAAGACAAAAGGCAGGGGAGGAAAAAAAGGGAAACGAACCACCUAGGAAAGAGUUAAGAGGCACCGCAACCCAAGCCGCUCUGCAAAGUGCCCAAAACCAGGGAGGGAAAGGGAGGGGGAAGAGAGGGGAGGGAGCAGGUCCAAUCCCAGGCCAUGCACCCUGCCAGCACUCAGAAGCCACUGCCAAGCACGGGCUCUUAAAGCCAUGGGCCCCGAAGCUAGCUCUGCAGGCAGAGGGCAGCCAGCAAGCAGCGGGGCUGGAGAGCACAGUGAGGAGCCCUCGGCAUCCAGGUGCAGCAGCUCCACUCCAGACCUUUUGCAAGAGCCUGUCAUCCCUUCGGGCAAGGUGCUGGGGUUUGGCUCUCCUCCUGUGACAGAAGGGAGGCGAGGAGCUGAGACGCUACUGAGCACUGGGACAGGAAUUGGAAUAGCUCUGGAAAAGGCUUCCCAGAAAGGUGGUGGAUGCCCUGUCCCUGUAGACAUUCAAGGUCACCAUGGACAUAAUUUACCUACGCACACCCCUGGCCUUCCUUCUUCUUCCUCUUGUUGUGCUUGGGGCACCCACUGAUGAACUCCACCUCACAGAACCUGCCCCUGGUGCUUGCAGGCGCUGCUGUGACCCACCAGACUCUUCUGCAGAUGCCCCACCACCGCCUUCCAGCCACCAUCACCUGCCCUACCCGAUGCCAGAGAUCCGUCCCUAUAUCAAUAUCACCAUACUGAAGGGAGAGAAAGGAGAUCGAGGAGAGCCUGGGAUGCCAGGGAAAUGGGGCAAAGAAGGGCCACGUGGAGAGCGGGGUGCCCAGGGCCAGAAAGGCAGCAAAGGACAGAUGGGCACAGCAGGAGAUUCCUGCAAGCACCAGUAUGCUGCAUUCUCUGUUGGCCGCAGGAAAGCACUGCACAGCAGCGAGGGCUUCCAGGUCUUGAUCUUUGACACCGUCUUUGUCAACCUCUACAGUCACUUUGACAUGUUCAAUGGCAAGUUCUACUGCUCUGUGGCUGGCCUUUACUAUUUCAGCCUCAAUGUCCACACCUGGAACUUCAAGGAGACCUACAUGCACAUCAUGCGCAACGAAGAGGAGGCAGUCAUCCUGUAUGCCCAACCCAGUGACCGUAGCAUCAUGCAGAGCCAGAGCCUCAUGCUGGAUCUUCAGGAAAAUGAUGAGGUCUGGGUGAGACUCUACAAGCGGGAGCGGGAGAAUGCCAUUUACAGUGAUGAUGUUGAUGUGUACAUUACCUUCAACGGGUAUCUGGUCAAGCCAAGCCUUGACUAAUUGCCUCUCCUCCCUUCCAGAGCCUUUCUGGCCUUCUUCCUCUCUCUCUCUUUCUCUCUCUCUCUCUCUCUCUCUCUUUUUAUUGCCCGCAACCACUGCAAAUCUCUUGGAAAUGGGCCUGUGAAGUCUCAGGCAUUGAGUGUGAAACUUGCUGCUCUGGCUCCCACCUCAUGCUCUCUAGCAGUCAGGCCUGUAGCUGUGCAUUUACAGCAUGACACUAUCAUCUUUCACACCUCACCUCAUGACCCAGCUUAAGUGAUUGGCUUGUUCUAAAUCCACGAGCAGGAUGUGGCUGGCUUGUAGGGUCCUAAAGUGGGAGGAAAACUAAGAUGUUGCUCCUGGGGAUGUGUCCUUCUUUGGGAUUUCCUACACAAAGGACUCCCAUAGUAAGGUCUGGAAAGUCCUUGUUGCCCAGGUGCAUGCUGGCUUCUUUCUGCCCCGGCUGGACAUGCCAGUUUUGCAGCCUGCAACGUGGCCCUAAUGCCAGCACUCACACCUAUAGUCUGGAGGGUGGACUGGGGUCUUCUGGCCUUCUGUAGAACAGAGGAAGAGGUAGGAGUGGUGGGAGAUGAUACUGUCUUUCCAAAAAAAGGUCUGUUGGCCUUCUUGUUAUGUCAUUGACUUUCCAUGGAAACCAUUCUGGAUCUCAGAGCCCUCAAGUUAUGGCCCAGGCUCCUGGGUCCUGUGGUCCUUUCCUAGGCUGGCUGUAAAAUUGCGGCCUGGGGGGACAGUCUUCCACUGUGCCAGCUCUAGCUCUUCUGGGAGGUAGCAGGCUGGACAUUCAGCCAGAUAAUUCAGAGAUAUCUGCUGUUGAAUGAGUAGAGCCCACCGCUCUGUUCCCAUUAAACCAUAAGCACAGAAUGAGAGAGAACCCUACAAACCUCCCUACAAAACCUACUGGGGUGCCACUUGGUCUCAGUUCCCCAGCUCUGGGAAGCCAGCUCAGCCCAGAAAGGGCUUUCCCUUUCCCAAGUGCAUUUUGGUGAACCUGAUUCUGCUCACUUCUGUGACAGAGGUGCACCCGUUGGUACCAGUGGCAUGGCCCUGGCUCCUGCAUGCCAUUAUGUCAUUUCUCCUGAAGGUGGUUCUCUCACAUUGGUGUUGAGAGACUGCUGUUUCAUGACAUGAGCUGUAGGCUGCAAGGCCAAUUGCAGUUAAACCACAGUUUCCAGACCUGGAUGAGUUGGCAUCUCUUUGCCUGUGUGAUGGAAAAAACUAGAGGCAAAACAGUGGUGUGAAAGGAAGCGAGACUUCAGCAACUCAACCCAUAUUAAAAGCUUCCCUGACACGCGUUGUGUGCCUUUUUCUGGCAAUCUCAUUAGAGCAACGGGGAAAAACAUGUGGCUACAACAAACCCUCGCUCUCCUUGUCAGGUCAGAGAUGUUGCAGUGGGAAAGGAUGCCAGUGGUAGGAUAUUCUAGUACCAUUUAUGCUGGCCUCACACUGCCCUCACUCACAUCCCUCUGGGGAUGUGAGGCUGACUUAGCACUUUGGGAAAAUCACUUCCAUGUGUUGUGAUGCUGCCACAAACAGCAGAGCCAAGAGUUGUCUCUUUUUUGAGUCUCAGGACAGGACAAGCAGGAGAAACUGUAUUUCUCUGCUGCCCAUCGUUGGUAAUGAAGUCUUCUGACUUAUGCUUCCACAGUCUCGUGGUUAGCCAAGGUCUCUGUCUAUAGUACUGGGACUAUCAGAGAUCUCCCAUUGGAGGUACAAAUCAAAUUGUUAUAUUAGGACUCAAUCAGGUACACUCAGCCCAGGAUGGCAAAGGUGCAGGAACACAGGUUAACUGUUGAAAAUGCUUGAGAGAAUUGCAGGACAUUUUCUCUCUUGCCCUGCUUGCUUACCCUCCCUGCUCUGCCAAGGAAGCUGUGCAGACUGGAAUGAAUUUCAGGCACUUUCUGGCCCCUGAUCCUCCCCACUUUUGUCACUGAUGCAAUGUGUAUAAAAACAAGGUUUCACCAAGAUAAAGCUGGAUCUUUCCCAGGGAACCACUUGAUGACAAGAUCAUGGGAAUGGAAGGAAACCGAGCUUCUUCCUCUCCCUUAUCAGGACUGCUCAGAGACAGGAUUGCAGGCAUUGGAAAGGAAGAAGCAUGCUCAAAGUGAUGCUCAGGACUGAAUCCCUUUCUGUCUUCCUAAACCACAGGCUGCAAACCCAGGUAUUGUGUAUUUACAGUGUAUAGUGCCCCGUGUUUUCCUGAAGAGAAGCAAGCCUCUCAAACACCGAAUAUCUCCAGAAACAAGCUUUUACUUUUCUCCUUUUCUGUUUGUUUGUUUUUAAAAUUCCAGUGGGAGAUGUCACGUGUUUCUCAUAAGCAUCCAAAUGAUGCUUGAUGUACGUGGUAGAGGAAGGCAGGUGGACCAAAGGGUAUGUUUAACAGGCUUCUUGGUGCUAAACAAGAUGGCAAUCCCUUGGUGCUAAAUAAGUUUUCAGAAGUUUUGGGCGCUUUCUGGAGGGUGUGGUAGGCUGAGUUAUAAUGUACUGUAGAAUUAAUGGUGCUUUAUGUUGUAGAAACAAACUCUGAGAACUUUUGUGUGUAUAUAUAUAUAUAUAAUUUCAGUGAUAUUAAACUUUUUUCCUUGGUUGUUUUGCACUUA